AUGGGCGCUCCUGCUGCGCCUUCCGCUGCAGCACUGCGCGGAGAGGGCGAGGGGCAGCGGGAAGCCGCGGGAGCAGCGGUUGCGGGUGGCGAGGCGGCGAGGUUCAGCCGUGACGACAGCAGGGGCGCUGGGUUGAACGAUGCAGAGAUGCAUUCGCAGCAGCAGUCGCAGCAGCAGUCGCCGCAGCAGUCGCCGCAGCAGUCGCCCGCGCACGCGAUGGUGCCUCGCCAGCGCACCAUGCCUUCGCGCCUCUUCCCCGCCGCCCACUCCGCCCACGCCCCCUCCCCCUUCUCCCUCCCCGCGCCCUCCUCCCCCGGCCUCAGUCGCCCUGGCAGCACUGACCGCCCGGAAACCCCAAGCGGAGCAGGAGGGGCGGAGAGCGACAGCGAGCGCGCGGGGCAAGGCGCGCUCCCCCGCCAGACCACUCUCCCCCCGCGCUUCCCGCACGCCUCCCGCUUCGCACAGCCUCUGGGGCAGCCGCCCCCCGCAUUGCGCACGGCCUCCCCAGAUCCGCGCGCGCCUGCAGCAGCGGAGGCGAGCGGGGGGAGGGAGCGGGGCAGUGGGGCGGAAGGGGGGGAAGAGGGGAGCGGAGGCGAGGAGGGGGAGGACGUGGCGGAGCUGCGGCGGCAGGUGACGAUGCCAGGGGGGGCGGCGGGGGAGGGCGGGCGGUGGCGGGAGAUGGGCGCGCCGAGCAGGGGGCUGCUGAGACAGCUUACGGACCCCCAGGAGAACCGACCCACCGCCAGAGUGGUGCAGAGCGGUGAGGCAGGGAGGGGGGGGGAUGAGGCAGACGGGCAGGGGCGGGAGGGCGGAGAGUGGGGUGAGGGUGCGUCAGCAGCAGGGUCGGGCGUGGGGGCAUCGCCAUCGCCAUCGCCAUCGCUGAUCCACAUCCUCACACGGCAGCGGUCGCAGCACAGCAGAGCGAGCGAGCAGGAGAGGGGCGCAGGGCGGGGCGAGCAGGACGAGGAGGAGGAGGAGCGCGGGAUUGGAGGGACGAACAGAGCGGCAGAGAGAGGAAGGGUAGUAGGCGUGGGUGGUAUGAGCGGCGGCGGGCGUGGGGGAGGGGGGAAGAGCAGGGGCAGUCACGAGGGGCCGUAUCUGCUCAAGGCGCUGCUGGAGCUGAAGCCGCUCAGAGGGGCGGGGGGGGAGGGCGCGGGCGAGGGGGGCAAGGGGGCGAGUGCGUGGCGGCUGGCGGGCGUGGGGCAAGUGAGUCCCCUGCAGGGCGCUGCUAGGUACGUCCAGCAGGCCUUCGCCCCCCGCUCGCCCAAACCCGCCAAGACAGCCCCGGCGCAGAGGGAGCGAGGCCGGGAGGGGGCGGGCAGCGGAGGCGUGGCGGGAGGGAGGGGAGAUGGAGGGGUGGGGAAUGUAGUGAGCGAGGGGAUGGGGGAAGAGGAGGAGGGCGCGCAGUGGGGGAUGCAGGGGGUGGUGGCGCGGAGGAGAGGAGGGGUGGAGGAGCAGGAGGUGUGGAACAGCGGUGCUGUUGCCAUGUCGGAGGGCAGAGGCAUGGGGGCGGGGGGCAUGCAGCCGCACAUGGGCGUGGGCAUGGGUGUGGGCAUGGGGUUGCAGAGGAGCGCGAGUGCGAGGGGCUUGGAUGGGGGCGGGGCGAUGGGGGCAGCGGGGCAGGGGGGCGGCAGGGACAACGGGGGCACGGUGGGGGGGAGGGAGGCAGGGGGGUGGGGCAGUGGGGACGCGAGGAGCUGGGGCAGUGCGGGCAACGUGGCAGCAGCGGGGCAGAGGGACGCGUACGGGGGUGAGCAGAGCUUGGAUCCCCGCUCUGACGCCCAUGGUGUGGGCAGCGCCCCCCCCCAGCAGCUGCAGCAGCAGCAGCAGCAGCAGCAGCAUAUGAGACUUGUGAAGAGUGAUACAGCAGCGGGGCGAAUGGAGGGCGAGCGAGCAGCAGCGGCGGGUGUGGGGCACACAGGCAGUGAGAGCCAGGCGUCGUCCCAGCUGCCGCCGGACCUGCCGUGGCUGCCCCCGCCAGACGCCCCUCAGUUCGUGCAGUGCCAGCACUGCGGGCAGACGCUAGCCGUGCCGCAGAAUCUGCCGCGCAGCCGAAAGAACAAGAUGGUGCAGCGCUUAAGGUGCGGCAGCUGCCUCGCCAUCUCCUCCUUCGCCAUCCCCCCGCCCCCUCCUUCCUCUCACUCCCCCUCCUCCGCCCUCCCCUCCUCCGCCUUCCCCGCCUCCCACUCCCUUCCUCUCCACCUCCACUCCUCUCCCUCCCACGCUUCCCCAGAACCUUCCCAACCUGCUCGCCCUCCUGUCUUCACCCCACAACAGCCUCAGUAUAGCCAGCAGCAGCAGCAGCAGCCACAACAGUAUAGCCAGCAACAGCAGCAGUAUAGCCAGCAGCAGCAAUUGCAGCAGCAGCAGCAGCAGCAGCAGCAGCAGUAUCAGCAGCAUCAACAGCAACAAUAUAGCCAGCAGCAACAGCAGCAGCAGCAGCAGCAGCAGGUGCGCAUGAGUGAGAGGGAGUGGCAGCAGCAACGGCAGGCAGCAGGCCCCAUGAGUCGCUCCUCCUCCUCCCCGGGCAUACACCCCCACGCUGCUGCCUCCCCCGCCCUCUCCUCCUCGCCCUCCCCCCUCCACCUCCCCCACCACCACCUCCCUGCUGCCCCCUCCUCCUCGUUUUCCUCCACUCCACCUGCUGCUGACUGGACACCACCCCCUGCUGACUGGACACCGCCCCCUGCUGACUGGACACCGCCCCCCGCUGACUGGACGGAGCGGGCGGCGGAUACUCCCGUGAUGAAGCGCCUGCAGAACGGCGUGCGGGCGGCGGGGGCACGGGAGGAGGCGCAGCAGCGGGGGGCGGCAGGAGCGGGCGGCAGACUGCAGGGCGGGCUGCAGGGCGGGCUGGAGGAGGAGCUGGGGGCGAGGGGGCAGGGGGAGGGGCAGUGGAGGGGCGGGCGGCAGGAGUCGUAUGGGAGUGGGAUUGGGGGAGAGGCGUACUGGGGAGAGAGGGGGUCGUACGACCACACGGCUGGCUUCUGGGGGGUGGUGGGCGGCCCCUGUCUCGGCAUCAUCCCUGCACGCCUGCCGCAGUUCACAGAGCCCAUGCAGCGCGACUGUUCGGGCGGCAGGACAGGUGUGGUGGUGAAUGGCAGGGAGCUGCAGCGCCGCGACCUUGACCCCCUUGUGCGCCGCGGCGUGCCGGCGGUGCCCCACCGCUCGUACCUGCUGGACCAAGAAGGCCGCGUGCUCGAUGCCGCCUCCGGCUCCCUCGUCGCCAACCUCGGCCCCCUCGCCCCCUCGUUGAAAACGAAGCGGGGGAAUGAUACAAACGCGAUGGCAGGAGCAUAUAAGUCAGGUAGGUACGACGGAUAUGGCGUUUCAAUUGAUUCGCGAUCGGGGUAUUACGAGACUCCCCAGCGAGAAAGAGACGGCGCGAUGUCCGCCUCGGACGAGGAGAGCCGCUAUUGCAAUCUUAAAGUGGACGCGCAUCCAGCAGCAUGGAACGCAUCAGCAGAGCCAGCCGCGCCAUCGCCAUCCCUCGCGAAGGCGGCGUCGUGGCUCAUGCGCAAAGGCAGCCCACCUGUCGACGUCACACCGCCCGGCCUCCUCCCGGCGUCUCCGUCUCGCAGCUCAGACGGCCAGCCAUCCGCUCAGUCGGUAGACCUCGACAUGGACGUUGGGGGGGCAGCAGCGGAGCAGCCGGUGGGGCGGUCAAGCGCUGUGUGGCUGCCGCUGCCGUCGCCGCGCGUGCAGGAGGAGUCCGCCGGCUUGGCAGCGCAGGAGACGAGGCGGCAAUCAUCGGGGGUGGUUGCGCGGAAGCAGCAGAGGAGCGAGAGCAGAAAUGUUCCCUGGUCGUUUCACCAGCUGCUUCAGGCGGACGCGGCGAGCGAGGAGCGCGUGGGGGCGGCGGAGCAAAUAAAACAGAUCCCACGGCGAAAGUCGCUCGAGUCGAGAAGGGUGAGCAGGGAGGCACGUGCUCGACAGCAGGACAAGGAAGCCAGGGCGGCGGCGCGUGAUCACUCGCUAGAAAGAAUAGCGCGCCAUCGAUCAGCGAACGCGGAUCGGAACCGUUCGAUCCAACUAGGUAGCACGCGAGACGCGCGGGCGCGUUGGCCGCAGCGACGAAGCGCAGCUGAGCGUCGCGCGGACGACAAGGCAGCGGCGAGUUCGGACAGCUCGUCCGACAGCGAAUGCGAAAGUAGAAUCGAGGGCGCGCGGAUGGGGCAGGAGGGACGCGAGAGAAAAGUAGGAGAGGUGACGAACGAUAAUCAAGUGAGGCCUGCGAGGGAUGAAGGCAAAGCGACAGAUUUCUUGCACAACGCCGUGGGCGAUGAGUGGGGCACGCGAGACGAGGGGCUGAAGGUAGAGGGGCCGGAGGCCGCGGGGCGUGAUAUUGGCAUCCUUGUGAUGGGUCACCCCGUGCUGCCGCACGACGUGUCUGUACACGCCGACGCUGAGCACUGGGAGAGACAGGCGGCGGGAGAGAGGGCGGGAGUGCGCGAGCGGGAGGGUGAGAUUGAAGGCCAGGUCGAGAACGAGGGCGAGGCGGUGCGGUUGGCGGGGUUACUAACGGACGACAUGUUGCAGUGCAGCUUCAUGGACCCGGGCAAGCGCGCGCUGGGCCUCGCGCACGAUGAUGACGUCGAUGGCGAAGCUGCUCACGACCGCCGCGCGCGUGCCAGCGCCGAUGAUCAUUCGCACGAAUCGACGCAUGGAACCAGCGAAGCCGCCCUCUCACAGCACCGUCUCUUUCCUCCCCUCUCCCACGCCUCGCCUGCGUCUGCGCCCACUCUCCACAACUCCUUGACAAGCGCAAUCGAUGUCCCGCGAGGCGGGCUCGUGUUUGGCGUGCCCGUAUCCGCUCCGCUCCUUGCCUCCUCCGCUUCCCUGCCGCACUUUGCCCCCGCCGCCGCAUCUACUGCCACGUUCGGAGCGCCCGCGGUGACGCGGCUGCCGUUGUCGGUGCUGCAGCACGGGUCGCUCGUGUGUCUGCUGGCCGGCUCCUCGCGACUGGCGGCCGUGCGCUAUCAAGGAAGGUGGGAGCUGGGCACGCCGACGCCGUCAAGCGCUGACGACAGCUCCAACGCCCUCGCGGCCUCCCCCGCCGACCCGCUCCGCCGCUCCGCCCACGCCGCGUCGCUAGCCGUGUGCGCGUCGCUCACGGGCGGGCUGGGGCGCUGGCCGCUGGACUGCCUCUUCGUGCUGCUCGUCGUCGCGCCCGCGCGCAUCGCGCUGCGCUCCCUCGCCGCCGACGGGCGCUGCCUCUCCGCCGCGCUGAUGCCCGGCGAGCGCGACUCGUUCCGCACCUGGGUGUUGCCAUCUGGUGGCGUGUGCUCAUGUGUUUCCGUGUCUUACCGUCUGUUAUCCGGUGUCGCCAUGUGUUGCCAUGCGGUGCAGGUGAAGCAGCUGCACCAGCGAGUGGGCGAGGAGGAGGUGACGAGGCGAGAGGCGGAGGGGGCGAUGGAGGGGCAGCGGCAGCGGUGGGAGGAGGAGAGCGCGCGCAUGCGCGCGGAGGCGGAAGAGCAGCGGGACAUCAUCGACCAGCUCAACGACCAAGUGUCUUCGCUCGGCGCGGAUCUCGAGCGCGCCGUGGCGCUGCUUGAAGCCGCCAGGCCCGCGCUCAAGGGGGCGCGCGGAGGGCCGCAGCGGGAAGCGGAGUGGGCGGAGGUGGAUGGCAUGGGGGAGGCGACUGGCGCGGAAGGAGCGGGAGGCAGUGCGGGGAGUGAGGCGAGGGGAGGCGAUGGCAGGGUACCGGCGGGUGCAGACGACGAGGGGGAAGAUAUGCGCGAGGCAAGAUGGGCGGAUGUGAGCGGUGGAAGCGGCAGUUUCACUUCCGCCAACCCUCAUGACCCCCCCAGCCGUGCGCCUCCCACUCGCGCCCCUCCCGCUCCUGCGCCACCCGCGGUCGCACUGCCCGCCCCCGGCGCCAGUCACGGAGCACCGCGGGAGGGGCAGCACGACAGCCGCGGCGGCGGCAACAGUGCCGCGCGCUCCCCCGCCACCAGCGGCGAUUCGGCCGUGGCUCGCGCGCUCUCCGCCUCCUCCGCCUCCUUCUCCGAAUCUGAGUCCGACUGCGGCAGCGGAGCUUCCCCCGGCCGCCGCAGACCCCCGUACGUCAUUGCGGACCAACCGCAACAGCAACCCCAGCCCCGCGCGCUCUAUUGGCCAGCCAGCGGCGGCGGCAACAAGUUUUGGCAAACGGCACGGUCGGCGGGCGGUAGGGGAAGCGCGGAGACACGGAACGAGAGCGAUGCGGCUUCGGUACGGGUCGAGGGGAAGGGUGGCUCGCACGCCGCGCAGGGCGCUUCAGCCGUGGAGUCGGGCGUGUUGCUUCGCCGAACCUUCUCUCCCAUGCGCGGCCGCCGCAGUCUCUCGUCGUCGAGAGCGGACGCGGGCGCAAGCCGAGUGGUGGGGGACGGGGGGGGCGCGAGAAGCGCGCUGCAGCACGUGAUGGGGCGGGCUGCGGGGGCUUUGGGGGGAAGGGGGACGCGCGGGGGAGAGAGCGCGGAAGAAGUGCGGAGAGGUGCGAGGUAUUCUGGUAGGGCAAGAGACGAGCGCGAGGUGGCGCAAGUAGUGGCAGGGGGAGGCGGAGAGGAGGCGGUGGCAGCUGUGCUGAGGGGAGAGGGGGAGGCGCGCACGCAGCACGGGGUGUGCGGGGGAGGGAAGGGGGCGGUGCAGGCUAUGGCGCAGCGCGGGGCGCAUCACGGGGGCCCAGAGGCGUGGGUGGCGGAGCAGCAGCGCGUGGUAGUGCUGGAGGAGGUGGCGGGUGGGGGAGAGGGGGCGCGCGGAGAGGUAGAGGAGGCGAGAGGCGCGCAUGCGGCGAGUGGGGGGAGUGAGCCGAGCGGUACGAGCGGAGUGAGUGGCAUGAGCGGGGUGGACGAGGAGUGGGAAGAGCAGUGCACGGCGCAGGGAUGGGUGCUGCGCCCCGUGUCACGUGCAGGGGCAGGGGCAGGGUCACAGGCUCGCUCGUAUGGCGUGUGCUGCACCGCGGACGAUGACGUGGCGGAUGACGUGGAGGAUGAGGUGGACUCGCAGCAGGUGCGGCAGUCACUGCUGCAGGCACGGGUGGGUGGGAGCGCGAGGGAGAGCAGGGCAGGGGGCAGAAGCGACACUGGGAGCGGGUCGGGCAGGGGCGGUGCAGCAGCCGUGGCAAGCCUAGCAACAGGGGCAUUCGGAAGCAGUGGAAUGGGGGCGGAGCAGGGAGGGGGUGGUGCACGCGUGGGGGAAGGCCAGGGCGCGGAGGCCAGAGGGGGGGGUCUUGCAGGCAUACUGGAGGGUGGCAGUGAGCGGAGUGGCAGCGAUGGCAGCGGCAGUGCUGGAGUUAGUGCUGCCAUUCCCGCUCGCUUGACACACGCUGCUGCUGCUGCUGCUAGGGGCUUUGUGAGCGCAGCUCACAGGCAGCAUGGUGCUGGCAGCUGGGAGGAUGUGCGGCAGGCAGGGUGGCAGGGCGGUGGGAGUGAAGGGAGGGAUGUGAGGCUCGGGGGGAGGGGCGUGGAGGAGGGGAGUAAUGGUGGUGAUGGGGAGAGGUGGGCAGGUGUGCUGCGAGAGCAGAAUGGCAAUGUGCCGGAAGCUGUCAGGGAGCACAAGAAGAUGGCCAAGGCAGCAGCGCCCACAGCAGCCCCAGCAGCAGCGGCAGCGGCAGCAGGGAGAGCGGGUGUACGGGCAGGGCUGGUGGCGGUGGAUCCGGGAGAGCGGCAUCUGCAGUCGCUGCUGCCCGUGCGCGUGCUGGUCAGGGAGAGGACCUCGCAGCAGGGGGGAGGGGCGGCAGGGGGGCAGCAGAGCAAAGGACCUGAGGAUGGCGUGUGGCAAGGGGGCAUGGAGCAGGGAAGGGCAGUGGGGAGGGACAUGCGUGUCACGGGUCGCACUCUCUCCUCCACCUCUGCCUCCUCUGACUCUCACGCCCUCCCUGCGUUCCUGCACUCGCCCCGCCACCCUCACAGCAGCAGCAGCCCGCGGAGUGCCAGUGGAGGGUCGAGCCAGAGGCGCGCAGAGGAGCGGUGUGGGGGGCAAGGGCACAGCGGGGCGUGGGGAAGAGGCGCAGCAGAGCAAGCGCUGGAGGACUCCAUGAGCAGCACUGGAGGUGAGUCGUUGGCGACUCGUGAGUGCAGAGGGCACGUGGAGGCAUUCUUGGUUGAACCUUAG